AUGAGAGGAACAAUGGGAACUUCUCCUCGUUCUGUUGAACCAAGACACCGAUUGCCAGCAUCCAUUGAAGAUUUAUACAAGAGAAGAGUGUCAAAAACUAAAACAAAAGAUAUAGAGAAGCCUUUUCACUUAUCUAUACAAGAUAGGAGCUCAAGAUGGAAGUUUUCUUUCUUAAAACUUAUCUUAUUGAUAACCAUUUCCGCCACUUUUGUAAUGUUCAUCUACUCUCCAGAUGUUUACAAUACCAGUCAUUUAUCAGGUUCUGGCUCAAGGUGGAUAUGGGGUGGCUCAGAUCCUCGGUAUGUUUCCAAUGUAGAUACAGAUUGGGAUGAUAUAGUGAAAAUCACAGAAAAACUGACAGGAAAAAAUGAAUUUCAAGGCAUUGGACUUGUAAACUUCAACAAGACUGAGAUUUCCCACUGGAAGCAUAAUUUUCAAGAUGCCACGCAUGUUGUUCUGCAUCUGGAGCAUGCUGCAAACAAUGUGACAUGGGAGUCGCUAUAUCCAGAAUGGAUUGAUGAAGAAGAAGAAACUGAAGUUCCCGUUUGCCCUUCUUUACCAAGUCUUGUACCUCCCGGGAUGAGACUCAAUGUCAUUGCUGUCAAACUGCCUUGUAGGAAUGGAGGGAAUUGGUCUAGAGACGUGGCUCGUUUGCACCUGCAGCUUGCAGCUGCUGGCCUUGCUACCUCUUUCAAAGGCAAUUACCCUAUUUAUGUGCUCUUCAUUACCGACUGUUUUCCGAUACCAAAUCUGUUUACCUGCAAAGAACUAGUUGGACGUGAAGGAAAUGUAUGGUUAUACAGACCAAACUUGAGUAUUUUGAGAGAAAAGGUUCAGCUUCCAGUUGGAUCAUGUGAGCUUGCACUUCCUAUGAGAGGCAGAGAGUUGGCUUACAAUGGAAAUGCUCCAAGAGAAGCAUAUGCGACAAUUUUGCAUUCAGCUCAUGUUUAUGUUUGUGGAGCCAUAGCUGCAGCUCAAAGUAUCCGGCUGUCAGGAUCGACUCGAGACCUUGUAAUACUUGUUGACAAGACAAUCAGUGGAUAUCACAGAAGUGGGUUGGAAGCAGCAGGAUGGAAGGUCAGAACAAUACAGAGAAUCAGAAAUCCGAAAGCUGAAAAAGAUGCUUACAAUGAAUGGAACUACAGCAAAUUCAGGUUAUGGCAGUUGACAGAUUAUGACAAGAUAAUAUUCAUUGAUGCAGAUUUACUUAUACUCAGAAACAUAGAUUUUCUAUUUGGGAUGCCGGAAAUCACUGCUACAGGUAACAAUGCCACUCUGUUUAACUCGGGUGUCAUGGUGGUUGAGCCAUCGAACUGCACAUUUCAGCUUCUAAUGGAUCAUAUAAAUGAGAUUGAGUCUUACAAUGGAGGGGACCAAGGGUAUUUGAAUGAAAUAUUUACAUGGUGGCAUAGGAUACCAAGACACAUGAACUUCUUGAAGCAUUUUUGGAUUGGUGAUGAGGAAGAGAAGAAGCAAAUGAAAACCAUGUUGUUUGGUGCUGAGCCACCAGUUCUGUAUGUGCUUCACUAUCUAGGUUUGAAGCCAUGGUUAUGCUUCAGGGACUAUGAUUGUAACUGGAAUGCUGAUAUAUUUCAUGAGUUUGCAAGUGAUGUAGCACAUGCAAAGUGGUGGAAGGUGCAUGAUGCAAUGCCUGAGCUUUUACAACAGUUCUGUCUGUUGCAGUCAAAGCAGAAGGCACAGUUGGAGUGGGAUAGGAGACAGGCUGAAAUAGCAAACUACACAGACGGGCAUUGGCGAAUCAAAGUUAAAGAUAGACGCUUGAAGAAGUGUAUAGAUAAUCUGUGUAACUGGAAAAGCAUGUUGCGGCAUUGGGGAGAGAGUAACUGGACAGAUGAUGAGUCUUUUACUCCAACACCUCCCACAGUCACCACGGCAUCUCUUUCUGCUUUAUGA